AUUGAGGACGGGCUCCUACAUGUUAUAGACGACAGAGCAGCUUCGAAGAAAGUGCUCCCAGAUGAUUCGUAUUAUGAUCAAUUCCCCGCUCAUCACACAAAACUAGGCGGCCGAUGACGACACCACCAUCAUUUCUGAAUCGUCCCGGUCGAGCCACAAAAUAGUAUCACGUUGACUUAGCAGUGUUUUAAGCACACGGAAUCCCACAGUCUAUCAAACUCUUUAUCAACGAUCUAGCUCUUUACGUGCAAUCAUCUGUAACCGAGACCACGAUGGCACCGCUUACAAUCCUUGUCGCUUCAUACACUGACUCGAUCUACACGCUGUCCUUUGAUCCAACACCAUCGACAGGAUCUCCGACACUUGAACUCCUCGCUCGAACACCCGUUGGGUACCAUCCGUCAUGGAUCGCAUCUCAUCCGUCCAAUAAAUCCCUCAUUUAUACAGGGCUCGAACAGGCAGAUGGAGAAGUCGUCGCGAUCAAGUAUGGAAAGGGUGGAAUCGUUGAGGGAGGAGAGGUGGUGGCCAGGGCCAAGAGUGGUGGUGCGGACCCUUGCACCCUUCUUGUCACGGAGGACGAGCUCAUCAUUGGAAAUUACUCCUCAGGCACCAUCGCGACCCUUCCGAUAUCAACAUCUGCCCCUUACAUACUCUCACCAAACCCAUGGACGCUUUCCAUGCCCUUUGAGCAUGUAGGUCGAAACAAAGCUCGUCAAUCUUCAUCCCACCCCCAUCAAAUCUUCUUCAAUCCACUGGACCAAACAGAGAAAGAGCUCCUGGUCCCGGAUUUGGGUGCAGAUAAGGUCUGGAGACUCGCCAAACGAAACGAUGGCAAGUGGGCAAUCUGCGGUCAUAUUGACUUUGAAGCAGGGGGUGGCCCACGACAUGUCGUAGCUCGAGGAACCACCCUUUACACGCUGCUGGAGCUCACCUUGAAGCUUGCUGUACACACAUUCCCUCCGCUUCCGGCGCCCCCUACUCCUCUUACAUCUCUGUUCACGCUUUCUGCAUCACCGAUACCGGACACCAUGACGGCAGCGGAAAUCCUGCUACCCGAAUCCAACGCAUCCUUCCCUGAAACGUUCAUCUACACGUCGAACAGAAAUGACCCUCAUUCAGAGGGUGACACUAUCGCAAUUUUCUCUCUCGCCGCCGGAGAGGGCCAGCCAGAGCUUGUGAACGAAGUGCGCACGGGGCUAACCCAUGUCCGGGGGAUGGCGUUUGGAGGUGAUGAAGAUAAGUAUCUGGUUGUGGGCGGUGUGGAAGGUGGUGGAGUGAAGGUAUUUGAGAGGAUUGAUGGCGGCAAGGGACUCAAAGAAAUCGCGAAGCUCGGUGAAGAUGCUGUAGGAUGUCCCACUGGCUUUUUGUGGUACUGAGAAAUGUCGUGAAGUCACUAUUUAUGGUUGUCUGCCGCAUCGGGUCCAGGAUGCCAAUGCUUGCUAUGUAGUGUCCGAUCGAACGGGCUUUUA